CCUCUCCAAUAUUUUUCUCUCUUUUACACCCAAAAAAAGUCAGCGCCGCCCUUUGCCCCUCAAUCGUUCUACAGUUGCAGGAGAAAACCAGCGUUGUAUUGGGUGUUUGACAGUUUCUAGGUUGAUUGGAUCGCUGCUGUCAAAUGUCUGAGGAUUGGGAUUUGUUUGCGGUGGUGAGAAGUUGUUCCUCCGCCACUGCCACCGCCACCUCCACAACGGCAGCCGCAAAGGCUGAGAGUAAUAAAGGAGAGCCGUUGGCUUGCUUGGCGUCUUUGACUGUUAAGGAAGAAGCUGACCCAUUUUCGUUCCCGAAUCUAGCACAGCCGAGCAACAAUGGUUUUUUGCAAGAUUCUUACCGGCCCUUUUUGUCGAAUCCCAGCCCCACCACCACCGCCAACAAUCCUAGCUCCGCCAAUUUUGUUGGUGAAUUUGGUGGCCGACAUAAUCAACCACCACCUCCUACCUCCACCGCCAUUCGAAUAAGCCCUCCAUUGACCCCUACCUCGGAUCCUGUAUUCGUUUUUGGGCAAACUAGAAACCAACAAAAGCCGCAAUAUGAACAGCAGCAGAAACAACUAAUCCAACGGCAGCAAAUAGUGCAGCAGCCAGAGGUGCAGCAGAAACAACUAAUCCGACGACAGCAAACAGUGCAGCCGUCGGAGGUGCAAACGCCUGCUGCCGCCACAGCUCUCCCCUUACGGCCCAUGCAUUCUCAAGCACCAAAAUUUAGAAAGAGGAAAAACCAUCAGAAGAGAACCGUUUGUCACGUAACGGUAGAUAAUCUGUCCGCAGACCCAUGGGCGUGGCGGAAAUAUGGACAGAAACCCAUUAAAGGCUCCUCGCAUCCGAGAAACUACUAUAGAUGCAGUAGCUUGAAGGGGUGUUUGGCGAGGAAACAGGUGGAGCAGAGUAAUUCGGAUCCCAAUAUAUUUAUUAUUACCUACACCGGAGAGCAUACGCAUCCUAAACCAACCCACCGGAACUCGCUGGCCGGUAGUACUCGGAAUAAGCUUUCCACCGCCCAGAAAUCAUCCUCAGAGAAGACCCCUCCCUCCGAAACUGCCGUGGAUGCUUCCUGUUUCUCACCUCUCUCUGCCCCCAGCGUCUCUCCGACGACUUCAUUAUCAACUCCUCAAGAGGGCGCCGGAGCAGUACAAGAUGCUGGAGUUGAGAAUGGAACCGGUGAGGGAAACGAUAUGGAGAUGGUAAACGGAGAAAGCGACGACGAUGAUCUUCUGAUCUCGAAUAUACAGAUGGACGAAGAUCUCCUAAAGGGGUUGAAUGAAAUCACCGGUGGUUCCGGUGAGGGUAGUAGCCCGCCUUUCGAGAGCAGGUUUUCCUGGGCGUCCGCCAGCUCCGGCACAACUGCUGGUGAUGGCUGCUAGUUGUGGCCUGAAAAAUCAGAUUAUUUUGUAGCUAAGUUUUUUUUGGUCAGUAGAGAUUUCCGGAGUUGAUAAGAUUUUUCAUCAACUUUCCUUUUUCAUUUUACUAUAUCAAAUUAGAAAGCUACCGAAAAAGUUAGAAGACAUCUUUUCUUCUUCCCUUCCGACCAACCAUACGGUAUACUGUAUGAAAAAAAAUCCUAUUCCUCC